AUGUGGUUAGCCUUUCCGUUAGCCGUCAUCGCCGCAUCACUGAUAUCCACUGAGACGCUGCGGUUCGUGCGAAUCCGUCGACAAGCAUAUCCACCAAAUCCGGCACCGUUUCAACCACGUGUCGAGGAUUACAAUCUACCGCCAUUCUAUCAGCCGCAUCCUGGUCGCGAUGCCUCGUCACUGACGCCUGUAUUCCCUUUCACCAGUGAAUUCAACAAUGGUCUUGAUGUGAAUCCCGGCACACGGUUCACGGUGGAUGGAAAUAUCAACGUACCCAUUGUUGGUUGGGGUAUAUGGGACUAUAAAGGAGGAAUAAAAGUAGGACGACCGAAUACCCGAGUAGGAUUUGGCUCAUUGCAACGACCGACAAAUGUGCUCGGUAUAACAGCCGACACCUUGGCAACAUUGGCGAAGGAUGGCGCCUUCAAUCAAGCCCGAGAAUCCGUCCCUUCAAUUCCCGUUUCGGUCUUGCCGGGCAAUUUUGUGCCCCUACGAUGCAAACCGCCAUUCUGCAAUCCGUUCGUGCACAACACAGCGUUUGGUGUGGAUGUCGAACCGGGAGACGAUUAUCUGUUCGACGGCGGCCUCGACUUCCCAAUCCCAUUGGGACCGUCCGGUGUUGGUGUACGAUUCCCAUUGAGUGGUGCGGUAAACGUUGGCACAGAUCCAUUGCUUAUCACUUAUGGUCAUGGAAUGGGUCACUGUCAAAAAUAUGGAGGAGAUGAGCCACUGGUGGUCCCGAUCAAAGGGCCACAAGCGCAAUUUCCGGCGCUUAUCACCGCUGAGAACUUCCCACUAUUCCCAUUCACUGACCAGUUCAGUACAGGGAUUGAGAUAAACCCGGCCAACAAAAUCUCACUCGCUGGUGAUCUAAACAUUCCCGUUCCCGGAUGGGGAAACUUCGACGUCGACGGGAAUCUUUACUAUGGCAACAUCAAUGUCGACACCAAAGUGGGCUAUCAAAUUCGACCAACGAACAGGCUGAAUAUCAAACCGGAAACGCUAGCCCUUCUGGGACAAAGCCCGGAAUUCCGAGCAGCUCGAAAAAAGGCUAAAGAAGUUGUGGUCGGUAGAAUCCCGUACGGUUACGAGCCGAUCAAAUGCAAACCUCCUUAUUGUAAUCCAUUCGUUCACCAUACGGGAGUUGCUGUUGAGGUCGAACAAGGGGACGAUACCUUCUUUAUUGGUGGCAUUGACCUGCCACUGCCAAUCGGACCGCUCGGCUCAGGUGUUCGCUUUCCUUUGUCGGGAGCAGUGGAAGCGGGAACGUCUCCAUACGCAUACGCCCAUGGUCAUGCAUUCAAUCCAGUGUCCCCGUUUGACUUAAACUCCAUCAAUGACGAUGACGUCACACAGGUGGGAAAUCGGCCAAUUCGACGAAGCCCUGUGAAGAAUAUUGACAAGGACGCAUUCUAUAGAAAGUUCUUCGAUAAGCUCCCUCAAUAG